AUGAGUAAAGUUCGAAAAACGAAACAUGCACUGAUUUGGUGGAUAGAUACUAAAGAAACGGAUAUUCUACCUUUGAUAAAGAUACCCAAAGAACACCGAAAGUUACAUGCUGUGGCAGAACUAACAUGGGUAGAUAAUAAAACAAAACGGACGUCAAAAUCUAAAAUGAAAGUAUUAGCAAUCGAUACUAAUGCAAAAAAUCUCAAAAAUAUGCUCAUAAAUACAAAUGGUGAAAUAACAACUCCGUCUGACAAGAUAUUUAAUCCUGAAGUUAUAGAUAAAAGAAAACAAUUAAUCGAGAAUAUAAAGUUACAGAACGGUAUUAAAACCUCGAACAGAAAUAAAAUUGAGACAAAAAUCCUGAGCCAAAAGCCUAUUCUGAGUAAAUUUUUUCCAUUUCACAAUCAAAAUCAAUUUGUCAACCAAGCUAACUAUACAUCAAUUCCGUCGACUUCUUCCAAUCUGGGACAAGCUUUUCAAGCCUUGAGUUCUUCUACUCCAGAAUCAACUUCUCAAAGUCAGAGUUCUUUUCACACUUUACAGACUUCUCAACUUCAGACUCCUUUUAACGCAGUAAAAACAUCUCAACUUCAAAUUCCUUUCAAUACGGUACAAACUUCUCAAGUUCAGAGUUCUUUUAACCCGGUAUCAACUUCUCAGCUUGAAACCACUUCUAGCCAAGCACAAUCACCUCAAUUUCAACCUUUUUUGACUCAAUUACAAGCUUCUUCAACUCUGUGUACUUCAGUACAGAAAAAUAAUGAUUAUUUUUCCUCGAAACCCAGUAUUAUUUCUACACUGAAUUAUGAUCAACAGGAUACGUAUGAGUUUCCGCCGAAUGUACAUACAAGACCUGUUGGUCAAGUAAUUAAUUUAAGAAAUGUAAAUCAAUCUACUACAAAUGCACAAGAGACACCUGUUUCUCAAAAUAUUCAGGAAAAUGAAAGAAUGUAUGAAAAUGAAAAAACGGUUACAGUUGUAAAAUCAGUAGUACCAUCUAAUGAAAUGACAAAUUUACUUUCUCAAUUGGUCCCCAAAAAACUUACAUUAGAAGUCGUUGAGUUCGUGGAGGCACUUGCAAUCAAUCUGAGACAUAAAUAUAAUGAAGAGCAUCACAACACUUCAAAAGAAUCAGUUUUUACACUUCCAAUGCAGUAUUUUGAAAGCGGCAAGGAUAAAGUUGAAAUAUCGCCAGGCAUUGGCUUUUACAUGUGUAAAAGCGUUUUAUCAGACAUUAAAGAAAGGGCUUCAAACAACUGGCGGGAAUUAGUGAUCAUAACACUAGAUGAAGUAUAUGGCAAGAAAUUGCCUAACUUCUCAGCCAAAGGACGUAAAUCAAACAAACGGCCAGGAAUUAACAGUACAUUUUUUAAAGGACUUUACUGUAAAAAAGGACUUGUUUAUUCUUGCAAAAUCUAA